AUGCCGGCUGUUCCUAUUAUCAAAGAACCCAUCCCAAGAAAUAUGUCUUCUUCUCCCGAGUUUCAACCAAAAUCACCUCCCCCGGCUCGAUACUCUCAUUUGUUAUACCUAUCUGCAGCCGAGCGAAAAGUCUAUACAGCCAACCUCGAAGGUUCUUCUUCUUCCUCCUCUAUUCGUUCUUCACGUUCUAUCCGAUCAAAUAACUCUACCUCCUCUGCUACAACGACAUCGACGUGUGCCAUAUCAAGAAUCAGCAUGCACACACCGCGAUGGGCUGACGACCACUACCCACUCAUCGCCACGAUCCACCCCGAGAAUAUCCCCACCUCGGUACCAAAGAAUCACACUGCUCUCUGGUGUGCACGUCAAAUGGCCCAGAUCCACAACACCAUCAUUCGCGCAUUGAACGCCUCGUGGAAUCACUCGGUCUCUAUCCAACCUGGUACCCAAGAAGCCGCCGACUUUCUCCUCUUCAACCAACAGCUCUUCACCACCUUGGACCAGCACCACAAAGUCGAAGACGACUUCCUGUUCCCGGAGAUUGAAAAGAUGCUCAAGCGACCGGGCGCCAUGGAAGAAAACACCAAAGGCCAUCAGUCUUUUGCCGAAGGCCUGGCCAUUUUCCAAAAAUAUGUCUUUGUCACCAAAGCAUCUGAGUUCCAUGGCGUCACGUUCCGGCACAUCAUCGAAUCAUUUGCCCCCGAUCUAAUCCAGCAUUUGCAUGACGAGAUCCCCACGUUGGCGUGUCUGCAUGUGCUCGAUUCUGACGCUUUGAUGAAGGUAUGGAAGCAAACUGAGCGCCUGGCGGCCCAAGAUGCCGAGCUCUACUGCUCCGCACCCUGGACACUGGGUUGUCGAGACAAAUCGUUUACUAUUGAUGGAGAGAAAUGUGCCUAUCCCAAUGUGCCUUGGAUUCUCGAGGCUGUUAUCAGGAAUUGGCAUGCCAGGAAACAUGCCGGAGCUUGGAAAUUUUGCCCCAGUGAUCUUUCUGGUCGGAGACGACAACUCACCGUUGCUUAG